AUAAGAAUAGGUGAAGAACAUCAAUUUGAAGAAAAUACGUUUGCAUAAUUCGGCUGGACGAUGAAAGAGAUUAGUGAAGGAAAAUGUUCUCUUGGUUAGAAGGAAAAUUAGAACUAGGACAAGACAAUGUCUUGGAAAUGGACAAUGACAGUCAGUGCCCGAGGAUGUGAAUUUGAAUCUGAUUACCUCUUCUUCAUCGUAAUAGGUGAAAAUACUCUAAACUUUGGUAUGAUGGAUGCUUUCCAGUUGCCUUCUUCAGUUUCUGCUACUCAGGCAGCUUCACAUAAUGAUGAGCUCCACAUGAAAUAGAAUUUCAACUUUUCGGAUAGCUUGAAGGACUUGAAGGAUCUUAGAAAGUAGUUAUACUCAGCAGCUGAUUAUUUUGAAUUGUCUUACAACAGACAUGAUCAGAAACAAAUAGUGGUGAACACAUUGAAAGAUUAUGCGACGAAAGCUUUCAUAAAUGAGCCUCAAAAAGCUUUCAUAAACACCGUGGAUCACUUGGGAACCAUGGCUUAUAAGGUCAACUGUCUCUUGGAUGACAAGAUUGAGGAGGCAUUUGCAAUUGAGCUGAGAUUGUCUUGUGCUCGACAGAGACUACGAAUGUGUGAGAUGUUCAUAGACCAUGGAGGCCUUUCUCAGCAGUCACUAGCAAUAAGAAUUCCGAAGCACCACAUGCGAUAUAUCUUACCAGGCAUGCUUCCGUUCACAAGAUUUGUCGUUGGUUUAUUAAGACCAAAAGUUUGGAGUUGGCUCAUGCUUAAGAACUUUCUUUCAGUUUCAAAAGCUAAAGAUGGUGGAGAUAGCAAGGAUCUGCUAUAUUGCAUGACAAAUGCAGUAUAUGGCGAAAUGUCUGCAGGCAUAUAUCCGAGAAAUAUAGAGACUCCUGUAUCAUUUGCCAGGAGACCGCGUUCGGCAACACAGUUUCCACAAUCCUCCCUUGCCGGCACCUUAGUACUUCAUCCAACAAAAAAGCAGAAAAACGUGCCUCCCCAUUUCAAUUUCAACUCACACGUUUGGGUUCUCUUGUCGAUAGAUCUACAUCUCCAAACCCUUCUAAUGCCAAAAGACAAUUUCCAUUGGAACUCCGAAGAUCCACUUCAAUGCCUACUCAUGUUGAGAGGUACAGAAGAACUGAUAUUGAGCUAUUUUCCAGCAAAAACAAACAUCUCUUCAAGGCCUUGCUUAGCAUGCUGAAGUCAAGAAAGGACAGCAAGUUAUACAAGUUCUUGGACG